AUGGCUACUUAUACGGUAUCAUCAACAAAGUCUUACAUGCAGGCUAUGCAGCCUAUGAUAGAAGCAUUAGACAGGUUAGAUAUUAAUAGAAAAUCCGAAAAAGUGCCAACAAUUGACAAUGAAAAAGCAAAGAUAACCCCUAUUGAUAAGAUACUUGACAAGUUUUCCAAUGUAUCAAUAGACUCAUUAGAAAGUAUAAGAACUAGUGGUUCAGAAAAUUCAGCAAUAGUACAAGAAAUCGAGAAUCAAUGUAGUGUAAUUAGUAAGAAUCGUGGGUUAGAUGAAGGAGAAAUAUUCACAUUAAUCAAAUCAUCAUUACUACAAAGUCCCACUGAUGAGGAGCUUCAAUCUUCAUUGUUUGAUAUCUUGGGGUUUGAUGAAUUUGAUUUGAUCUCUAAAAUUGUUCAGAAUAAGAACCUGUUUACUACUAGAGAAUCACUGGGAUUGAUGACAGCAGAAGAUCGUGCUCAACAAGUUAUUGAAAAUCAUAGAAGAACUAAAUUUCAACCAUUGUUACCCAAAUCAGCUACACAAAGAUACCCCAAUGUGUACAAGAAUCCUGAUGUCGGAAACAUGAUUUCAAUUACUGGGAAGAAAUUUGCUUUGCCACAAGGUACUACUAGAGAAUCAUAUGGUACACAUGAAGAAAUCAUAAUACCGUAUCCUCAAAACCAGAAGAAUAAAUGGAUCUCAGAUAAACAAUUGGUUAAAAUUGCCGAUUUAGAUUUCUUAUGUAAAGGCACAUUUAAGAAUUAUAAAACUUUAAAUAAAAUGCAAAGUUUGGUAUACCCAGUUGCUUAUAAUACAAAUGAAAAUAUGCUUGUUUGUGCACCUACUGGGGCUGGUAAAACAGAUGUGGCCUUGUUGACCAUUUUACAUACAAUCAAUCAAUUUGUCACUGAAACAGCAAGUGACGAUGGAUCAAUAACAGUAGAUAUCGAUUAUAAUGAAUUCAAGAUUGUAUAUGUGGCCCCAUUGAAAGCAUUAGCAGCUGAAAUUGUUGAAAAAUAUAGUAAGAAAUUAAAGUGGUUGGGUAUUAGCGUCCGUGAAUUAACUGGUGAUAUGCAAUUAACAAGACUGGAGAUCAUGUCUACCCAAGUUAUAGUAACCACUCCUGAAAAAUGGGAUGUGGUGACUAGAAAACUGACUGGUGACUCAGAAUUGGUUGCUAAAGUCAAGUUGUUAAUUAUUGAUGAAGUUCAUUUGUUGCAUGAAGAUAGAGGUUCUGUUAUCGAAACAUUAGUUGCUCGUACGUUAAGACAAGUUGAAAGUACUCAACUGAUGAUUAGAGUUGUCGGUUUAUCUGCAACUUUGCCAAACUAUAUGGAUGUGGCAGACUUUCUUGGUGUCAAUAGACAAGUGGGUAUGUUUUAUUUCGAUCAAAGUUUUAGACCAGUUCCCUUACAACAGCAGGUGUUGGGUGUAAGAGGUAAAGCAGGAUCGAAGUUGGCGAGAGAGAAUAUUGACAAGAUUUCAUAUGAAAAGUUGGCUGAAUAUAUUAAUGAAGGUUUACAAGUUAUGGUGUUUGUUCAUUCACGUAAGGAUACUGUCAACACAGCAAGAACAUUUAUUCAUAUGGCUAGAGAUCUUGGAGAGCUGCACUUAUUUGAUUGUUCAGAAUCAGAUUCAUAUGAAAAGUUCAGAAGAGAAGCGUCGGGUAAAAACAGAAGCAAAGAGUUGAAAGAAUUAUUCCAAUAUGGUUUUGGGGUACAUCAUGCAGGUAUGUUACGUACUGACCGUAAUUUGACUGAAAAAAUGUUUGAAAGUGGUGCCAUCAAAGUAUUGUGCUGUACGGCUACUCUUGCUUGGGGUGUGAACUUGCCAGCGGCCGUUGUUAUUGUUAAAGGUACACAGGUUUAUGAUUCCAAAGCGGGUGGAUUUGUCGACUUGGGUAUUUCUGAUGUUAUCCAAAUUUUCGGUCGUGCUGGUAGACCACAGUAUGAGAAAUUUGGUACUGGUAUUUUAUGUACUACCAGUGACAGACUAGACCAUUAUGUUUCUCUUCUCACACAACAGCAUCCUAUUGAAUCUAAAUUUGGUGAAAAAUUGAUUGAUAAUUUGAAUGCAGAGAUAUCAUUGGGUACAGUUACCAAUGUUCAUGAGGCUGUUCAAUGGUUAGGUUAUACAUACAUGAUGGUGCGUAUGAAGCAAAACCCACUUGGGUAUGGUAUUGACUGGAGAGAAUUGCAAGAGGAUCCAACAUUAACAAAUAAGAGAAGAGAGUUAGUCAUUACUCAUGCUAGACGUCUCCACCAUUUGCAAAUGAUCAUUUUUGAUGAAAACUCCGAAGCAUUCACAACAAAGGAUUUAGGAAGAAUUGCAUCGGACUUUUAUUUGUUAAGUAAUUCUGUGGAAAUUUUCAAUCAAAUGGUAAAUCCAUUAGCCACUGAAGCUGAUAUAUUGUCAAUGAUAAGUAUGAGUAGUGAAUUUGAUAGUAUUAAGUUUAGAGAGGAAGAAUCUAAGGAGUUGAAGCAUUUGCUUGAGGAAGAUGCUCCGUGUCAAGUUGCUGGUGACGUUGAUUCAUCUGCAGGUAAAACCAAUGUUUUGCUUCAAGCGUUUAUUUCCCAAGCAACUAUCAAAGAUUCAGCUUUGAUUUCUGAUUCCAAUUAUGUGGCUCAAAAUUCAGCAAGAAUUUGCCGUUCACUUUUCUUGAUUGCUAUGAAUAGAAAAUGGGGUAAAUUAAUGAAAAUUAUGUUAUCGUUGUGUAAAUCAAUUGAUAAACGUAUUUGGGCAUUUGAACAUCCAAUGACUCAGUUUGAUUUACCACAACCUGUUUUGCGAAACAUAAGAUCAAAGAACCCGUCCAUGGAUACUCUCCGAGACAUGGAUGCCGGUGAAUUGGGUGAUUUGGUUCACAAUCAAAAAAUGGGAAGCAUUUUAUACAAACUUAUUGGAAAAUUCCCAGCUAUUGAAAUCGAUUCAGAGAUUUUUCCUAUUACAACUAACGUCAUGCGUGUUCAUGUUGAUUUGCAACCAGAUUUUCUAUGGGAUGAAAAAUAUCAUGGUAAUGCUCAGAUCUUUUGGUUGACCGUUGAAGAAUCAGACAAGUCUGAAAUUUUGCAUGUUGAGAAAUUUAUUCUUAACCGUAAGCAGAUGAAGAGUCCUCAUGAAAUGGAUUUCAUGAUCCCAUUGGCUGAUCCAUUACCCAAUCAAGUGGUUAUUCGUGUGGUCUCUGAUUUUUGGAUCGGUUCAGAAACCGUCCACGCGGUGUCUUUCCAACACUUGAUUCGUCCUUCCAAUGAAACUAUCAAGACUGAUUUAUUGAGAUUACAACCACUUCCAGUUACGGCAUUACACAACCCAGAUGUCGAAAGCAUUUAUUCCUCCAAAUUUAAAUAUUUCAAUCCGAUGCAAACAAUGGUAUUCCAUUCUUUAUACAACAGUAAUUCAAGCGUUUUUGUUGGUUCACCUACUGGUUCAGGUAAAACAGUCGUUGCUGAAUUGGCAAUAUGGCAUGCAUUUAAUGAAUUUCCAUCUUCAAAAGUUGUUUAUAUCGCACCAAUGAAGGCAUUAGUUCGUGAAAGAGUUGAUGAUUGGAGAGAACGUAUUUGUAAGAAUACUGCUCAUAGAUUAGUUGAAUUGACUGGUGACUCUCUUCCUAGUGUUCAUGAAGUGAAAGAAGCAGAUAUUAUUAUUACCACCCCUGAAAAAUUUGAUGGUAUUUCUCGUAAUUGGCAAACCAGAAAAUUUGUUCAACAAGUCUCGUUGGUUAUUAUGGAUGAAAUUCAUUUAUUGGCAAGUGAUCGUGGUCCAAUUUUGGAAAUGAUUGUCAGUCGUAUGAAUUAUAUUUCUUCUCAAACGAAGAAACCUAUUAGAUUAUUGGGUAUGUCAACUGCUGUUUCUAAUGCAUUUGAUAUGGCUGGAUGGUUGGGUGUUAAGAAUGGGUUGUUUAAUUUCCCACAAUCAGUUCGUCCUGUUCCAUUACAAAUGUAUAUUGAUGGAUUUCCUGAUAAUUUAGCAUUUUGUCCAUUAAUGAAAACCAUGAAUAAACCUGCAUUCAUGGCAAUUAAACAGCACUCACCAACUAAACCAGUAUUGAUAUUUGUGGCUUCACGUCGUCAAACUAGACUUACUGCUUUAGAUCUCAUUCAUUUAUGUGGUAUGGAGAGCAAUCCUAGAAGAUUCUUGAAAAUGUCAGAUGAUGAAUUGCAUGAAAUUUUAGAGAAUGUUAAAGAUGAUACAUUGAGAUUAUCACUUCAAUUUGGUAUGGGAUUGCACCAUGCUGGUUUGGUUGAAUCAGAUCGUCAAAUUUCUCACAAGUUGUUUGAACUGGGUAAAAUUCAAAUUUUAAUUGCUACUUCAACUUUAGCUUGGGGUGUGAAUUUGCCAGCGCACUUGGUCAUUAUCAAAGGUACUCAAUUUUUUGAUGCAAAGAUUGAAGGUUAUAGAGAUAUGGACUUGACUGAUAUUUUGCAAAUGAUGGGUAGAGCUGGUCGUCCAGCGUAUGAUACAAGUGGUAUUGCCAUUGUUUAUACCAAAGAAUCAAAGAAGGUAUUUUAUAAACAUUUCCUUAAUUUGGGAUUCCCUGUCGAAUCUUCUUUACAUAAAGUGUUGGAUAACCAUAUUGGUGCUGAGAUUUCUGCCGGUACUAUUAAAACUAGACAAGAAGCUAUGGAUUUCUUAACUUGGACUUUUCUUUAUAGAAGAGCUCACAAUAAUCCAACCUACUAUGGUAUUGAAGAUGUUUCACAAUAUGGUAUUUCUCAAUAUUUGGCGAAAUUAAUUGAUCUGACGAUUGAAAAUUUGGUGGAAUCCAAGUGUGUUUAUACUGGAGGUUCCAAUGAAUUGCAUGCAACUCCAUUUUUGGAUAUAUCUUCUUAUUAUUAUCUUUCCCAUUUGACAAUGAGAAAUUUUGUAAAGAAUGUGAAACCAGAAUUGGAAUUUAGAGAUUGUUUGAGACUUCUUUGUGAAGCUACAGAAUAUAAUGAAUUAGCUACUAGACACGGUGAAGAGUUAAUCAAUAUGGAAAUGUCGCAAUCCAUGAGAUAUCCAGCAGAAGAUUUGAAAUAUGAAUUUAUAUGGGAUCCACAUGUUAAAGCAUACUUGUUGAUUCAAGCAUUCAUGAGCAGAGUUGAAUUGCCAAUUGCGGAUUAUGCUCAAGAUACAAUUUCCGUUUUAGAUCAAGCAUUGCGUAUCUUACAAGCUUAUAUUGAUGCCGCAGCUGAGUUGGGUUACUUAAAAACGGUUAUGUCAUUAAUUGAAUUAAUGCAAUGUAUUAAACAAAGAUAUUGGUAUGACGAUGAUCCUGUUUCAGCAUUACCUGGAUUGGAUUUGUCACCUAAGAAUGAAAAGAAACAAAUCACAUUAAUGGACCUUGGAUCUAUGAAAACAGGAGCAUUAUUUAAACUUGCUAAUAAAUUGCGUGUCAGUGGAACAAAAAUCGAAAGAAACUUGAAAGAUAUAGAAGUUGAUGAUGAAGAAGCUAAGAAACAAUUUGUUAGAAUAGCAUCACGUUUACCAGUUGGUUCAUUUAAAGUUGUUCAAACAGAGAAAGAAUUUAUCACCAUUCAAUUAACCCAUGAUAAUUUCCCAUUAAAUAACGAUUUCAAGAUGUAUUGUCCACAUUUCCCAAAACCUCAAAGAGAAUCUUGGUUCAUUAUUGGUCAUGAUGGGAAAGAGUUACAAUUAUUAAAGAGAGCUUCACCAAGAAUGUUGCAUAAGAAAGGAGUAAUCGUCUGUGAAUUAGACAUUCCGGAUGAUUUGUAUGGUAACGAAAUCACCAUUGAAUGUGUUAAUGAUGCUUUAGCACUUAGAUAUUCAACUACUUUAAACUUGUUGUAG